AUGAACAAAGUGCAACAUGGAGUACGAAUUGCCUGCUUUGUAGAAACCAAGUCUAACGUUAAAGGAGGGUGGCGGUGUAUGCUCAUAGAUUUCCACAUCUCAAAGGAGAAAUCAAUGAAGCCCCAAGAUAAUCAUGUCCAAGAAUGUAAGGAUGAAGCCCGAAAAAUUUGA